AUGACUGGUGAUAAAUCCCGAAUAGAACGAGUAAUUGAUGAAAUUAAUUCAAGAAAUGCCAAGAAGAUCGCUUUGUUGUUAGUUAUAGGAUUUGCUUGUUUUCAUGGCAUCUUGCACUUGAGAUUUGGUACAAAUUCUUGCAAGUGGCUUUUGUCUGAUGGACGUUAUAAAGCAGACGAAGAAUGGCAGCCGUACGGAUGUAUGCUACACUUAUACACGAAAAUUGACACAAGACGAUGCCUCCGUUACAUAGCUUACAUUGGCUUGGAAACAAGAUUCGUUUUCAUGGGAGACACUAGAAUAGCUGAACUCUAUCAGUCAUUCAUAAAGCAUUUGAAUCAAGAUGAAGAAACCAGUCAAAAACCGCCUAGUCAAUUUACCAAUUUAACCCACAUCGAUAACAAAAUGAAAAUCAGGGUGGAUUUCAUUUGGGCGCCCAUGAUUUCGAAACAAAUGGUAGAAACAUUCAGAAAUUGGAUUCUAUCUGACCACCCUCCGUCGGUAAUAGUAGUGGGUAAUGCUUUGUGGCCAAUACAAGUUGCAAACAUGUCAAAAUUCGCUAUAGAUCAAUAUCAAAGAAAUAUUACGAGACUGGUACAACCUAUAGAUCUUUUGUACCAAAGAAAAACGAGAGUACUGUGGGCACUACAAGCACCUGUAAACGAAGAGAAGCUGAAACCUGACCAACAGUUGAUUACAAACGAAAUGAUAGAUGAAUACAAUAAGGCAGCAAUAGAGGUGUUGUCUCACUCGUCAGCGGAUUUAUGGUGGAGUGCCCGUUUGAUCGGUCAAGGGAUGAUACAAGAAAGUUCGGAUGGAAUCCACCUGGCUCAAAGGGCUCAAGAGCACAGUACUCAGAUACUUUUUAACAUGUACUGCAAUGACUACAUGAAUUUUAACGACGGAACCUGCUGUAGUUCAGUUGAACCGAGGACCACCCUGCAAAUUGUCACUUUCGCUGUGAUGGCUCUAUGUGUCGUCGUAACGUUGAUAAUAGUAUUAAGAAGAAUAGUUAAAAAAUUCAGAGGCGGUAGAAACUACGAUUACCAACGACUUUCCAAUGCCGAAUUCCAAUCACAGGUAUCCUCUAAUAGUAACUAUUACGAGCUUUUUAAGGCUCUAUCCACGAUGACGCUGAUAAUGGCGUACUUUUUCGUAUGCGAUCGUACGAAUUUCUUCAUGAAGGAAAACAAGUAUUAUUCGGAAUUUAGUUUUUGGUUGCCGAUCGGUUACAUUACAGUAUUAGGUUUGUUCUUUAUGGAAGAAAGUAAAUUCAAUAAGGUGCUCCACCCCGAUCAAUUGAACGAGUGGAAAGGUUGGAUGCAAAUAGUCAUAUUGGUGUACCACGUCACCGGAGCUUCCAGAGUUCUUAUGAUUAGCAUGCACAUUAAAGUAUUAAUAUCGGCGUAUUUGUUCUUGUUAGGUUACGAACAUUUCUCUUACGUUUGGUACAGAAACGACAUAGGUAUAGUCAGUUUCUGUACGAUGCUCUUUCGGCUCAAUUUCAUGACUGUAACGUUGUGUUUGAUCAUGAAUCGACCAUAUCAGUUUUACUAUUUCGCUCCUCUGUUAUCGUUUUGGUAUGUAAUGGUAUAUUGCUUUGUGGCGUUUCCACCGCACAUUACGUCCCAAAGUUCCGAGAACAACGUGGUGCAAUAUUUUUAUCUAGUUAUUAAGUUUAUUUGUAUGUGUUCUGUGAUUACGAUUCUGUUUAUGUCGGAGGUUUUUUUCGAAAAGAUUUUCGUCACCAGGCCCUGGAAGGCUCUGUUCGUUACCACCGAUGACGAUAUACACGAGUGGUGGUCGAGGUGGAAAUUGGACAGGUACUCCGUUAUGUGCGGAAUGGUUUUCGGCGUUGUAAUGAUUCUGUCUCAAAGGUACAACGUGUUCGAUGAUAAUAAUCAUUCAAAUUUGUUUUCGAGGGGUAUAGCUUUAAGUUCUACGUUGGUAGCGUUCACUGGUAUAGGUUCUUAUAUUAUGUUUACGUAUUUCUGUAGAAAUGAAUUGGAGUGUAGCGAAAUUCACUCGUACAUCGUUUUUAUUCCGAUAGUUAGUUAUAUUCUUCUAAGGAACGUAUCGGGGAUAUUGCGAACGAGGUACUCGAGUUUGUUUGCUUGGUUCGGGGAAAUUUCAUUGGAAUUGUUCAUUAGUCAAUAUCACAUUUGGCUAGCGGCCGAUACGCACGGUGUGUUAGUACUUAUUCCGGGUUAUCCAGUUCUAAAUCUUAUAAUAACAACUUAUAUAUUCGUUUGUGCAUCGCAUGAAGUUCAUAAUAUCACCAAGGUUUUAUUGCCUUAUUACGUUCCCAACGACUGGAAAUUGGCACUGAGGAAUUUAAUUUUGUUCCUUGGUGUAUUAGUACCAAUCGGUAUCAAUGAUGGAAUGUUUUGA